AUCGUGUUGCUGCGGCUGCAAGUGUCUUGACAGUUAAUGUCAAUCAAGCAUGGUAUUCAAGAAUCGGCGCUUCAGAGGAAGGUGGGUGCACAUCAAUCAUGACUUUUCCCUGUCUUCUUAAGUUAUGUAUUGUAGAAACGGCACCUGGACGUGACUCGCAUUUGACCCGCGUAAUGAAAGCCUAUCACCUUGCAAAGGCCCGUCAUCCUUCAGAUCUUCCUGACUGGCUCUUUGACGAACGCGAACGCAAGCCAUCUCUCGGUUCUCGGUUCACACAGUCACAAAAAGGCGUAUCAUCUGAUACUCAACCUAUGCGCCCUGUAACGCCCCGUUAUGUCUACGAUAACGCGGCUCCUCGUGCGACACCAACAACCCAUUCACACACCACAUCCCACGUCCUUACUUCCCCAGAAAAGACAGGCUCAUCAAAGGCUGCGGAUCGCCUGAAGGCGUUCAGAGAUGCAAAGCGAGCUGAUUUGGGAGUGCGGCACGGUUCCUCCAAAUCAGAGAGCUUGUCCUACUCUCCACCACGAUUUCGUACCAACGUGGAUGCAUAUCAUAAUGACAAUCACCGGGGCGCAUUGCCUUCUCCUACCAGACGGCCCCUACUGUCGGCGCAGCCGUCUCAACCAGGCGCAUUCUGAUUCAGUUGGCAUGCCAGUCGUUCUCAAUCUGGAAGCCAAACACGUAUGGAUAAACAUUUCUCUAUACUUCAUGUACCUUCGGUGUCAUACAUGUAUGCACGGGUGUUGUAGCGAACCUACUCAGUUGACUCGAUGAUUGCUUACAUCAUUUUGUUGAAUACACGAAUUUAUUGGAACACCUAGAUCUUAUCUUAUCGAUUUUGUUAUUGCACUAGUGCGCUGAUCUUGUCAUUGGAAAUUCACAGGUCUGACAAAAUCAUG